AUGGUACUUUUCGCCCUCCUCUCCGUGGCCGCGGCCAGGCCCAAACCAGGCUAUCUCGGAGGAUGGGACUCUGGUUUAGAUAUUGGACACGGAGCACUGACGCUGGAGCACGCGCCCGUGCUGCAGGCCGCGCCGGUUAUCCACGCCGCGCCCGUCGUGCACGCCGCCCCCGUCGCCGUCGCUAAGGCAGCCACCAGCUACUCCUCCUUCCAACGGGUGAUCCACCCAGUAGCGCAUCACGUAGUGGCACAGCCCGUGGUCCAUGCGGCCCCCGUGAUCCAUGCGGCGCCCGUGGUCCAUACGGUCGCCCAGCCCAUCAUCUCGCAUGGCUCCAUCGGCGGCUACGGCUACGGCCACGGAUGG